GCCAUUUUGAGUCUACGUAAUAUAAAAUAAAAGUCAUUAUAUUCCUCAACUUCUGCAGCUUUGUCCUUAUGGAUACCGACUUCUUGUUGAAGAAAUAACCAGGACGCAGCACAAAUGAGCGACGAAGAGAUGGAAGUGGUGCCUUUUAUGGCAGCAGACUCUAGAGAAGCCUGCUUAGCCAAGGAAUGGCUGCGAACCGUGAACCAAGCCACGACCAACGACCCUGACGUUUUUAAAAAGUUAUUUUUCCAACUACUCUCGGACAAAGUCUUUCCUUGCUUCGAAGUUACUAAUGCACAGACAUUGAAAGUUAAUGUAAAGGAAGAAUUAUGUCAGGAGACGAUAUUAAACGUGUUGGAGUAUUUCUUGUUGGGUGAAGAACCUUCAACCGGGUUGGAAAAACUGCAAAGCUUGAAUAAGCCACCUCAGUUGUGCGGGAAAAUGUUUAAAUAUGGAGACCCGACUUUCUCUUGCAGAGACUGCGGUUAUGAUGGAACUUGUGUGCUUUGUAUUGACUGUUUUCAAAAGAGCAUCCACAAAGACCAUCAGUAUAAGGUCAGUGAAACCAACCUUUAUAUUCUUAUUAUACCAUAUUAA